AUGAGAAGCACGAUCUUCAAGUUAUCCCGCAAGAGGGCUGUAGUGAACCAAUCAGUGGUCCAAGACCCGGCCCAGGUUUUGGCAGAGGCCACAGGGGUCCCACUGCCUUUUCAGAAACCCAUAUUUAAGGGAAAAUCUCUGAAGGAAAUGGAGAGGCCGGUGUCAGCACUUGGAAUACGAAAUGGUUGCCGGGUCGUGUUACUUGGGAAAAAGAACAGUCCAGAGGAAGAAGUUGAACUAAAGAAGUUGAAAGAUUUGGAGAAGUCUGUGGAGACGAUAGCUGACCAACUGGAAGAGUGGAAUAAAGAGCUUUCCGGAAUCCUGCAGGGUUUUCUAGCCAAGGAUUUGCAAGCUGAAGCUCUCUGCAAACUCGAUAGGAGAGUGAAAGCGACAGUCGAGCAGUUUAUGGAGAUCUUGGGAGAGAUUGACACACUAAUUCUGCCAGAAAAUUGCAAAGACAGUAGAAUGAAAAGGAAGGGUUUGGUGAAAAGGAUUCAGGCGUUCCCAGCCGAGUGUGGCGCAGUGGAGCAGAGCAUCCCAGGAGACGGGGCGACGGCAGUCCACAGACUUGGCCCCGGCUGA